GUCUGCGCUUGUUGAAAUGCACCGGUAUGAGCAGCGCGGGGGUAGGAACGGAUGUUUGACUAUCCGCAGGGCAGCGGGGAACGCAAAGACGGACGGAAUUUUGGAGAAUUCAGCGGAAUGGCUGCAGGUGUAGCUGGACGAUUGCCCCGAGUGUUUGCUGGAUGUCAUAAGCACGUACUGUCAGGAGGUUGCAGCAUUACUGGUGUAUCCUCUAUAUCGAAGAAGCAUCUUCCAGUCAGGCAAUUUGCUGCUGUAAAAGCUGUCAAAACAGAGAAGAAAGAACCAAAGAAAGAAAACCUGAAACCUAAAAGUGAAAGCAAAACAGACUCAAACAGACAUAAACCAUUUGGCCUGACAGCUUGGGAACCAGUCGAUGAUGUCUACCGGAUCCAGUAUUAUCCAAAGAAAGUGCAUGACAUUGAAACUGCAGUUGACAUGCUGAAGAAGUUUCAGCAGUUAGACUUUACUUACCCGAGGCAACCUGUUUAUAUUGAUCUGCGGCUUGACAUGAAACUGGAAAAGAAGAAAAAAGUGGAUCCAUUUGUCAGUAUUGUACAUUUGCCUUACGCUUUUACAACUACAGCCAGCAAAGUGCUGGUAUUCACAGAGACUCCAGAAGAAGCUGCUGUGGCUCAGAAACAUGGAGCAGAUAUUGUGGGUGGAACAGAGCUCAUUCAGAAAAUCUUGGAUGAUGAAAUUCAAGCAGAUUUCUACGUGUCUGUUCCUGACAUGGUAUCAAAACUCGUGCCUCUCAAGAACAAACUAAGAAAAAAGUUUCCUAAAAGCAAACGGGGUUCUGUUGGACAUAAUAUUCCUGAAAUGAUAGAAAUAUUUAAAACUGGCCAUGAAUACCUGGUGGACCGUGACUGUUACAUUCUAACCAAAGUUGGGACGCUGGAUAUGCCAAGGGAAAACAUUGUCGCUAAUAUUGCCACAAUUAUCAAGGAUGUUUGUACACACAAACCAGUGGGAUUUGGGCCAUUUGUGGAACGAGCCAUUAUUUGCAGUGCAACUAGUGAGUCUUUGCUGUUCAAAGUAGAACCUUUCCUUCCUCAAAUAACAGAAGACAAUGAAGAAGAGAAUGAAAAUGCUAAUAAUUAACUAUACUGUAUUAUGAUGUGUAGAUGAUCUGCUGAUUGCUGUUAUGUCUCCAUUUGGCAGGUUGUAAUGUGAUAAAAGCCUUGAUUCAUGUGACAUGAAGGAACAAGUUGAGUUUGUCCACUUCGCUUAAACAGGGGUUUUGGACAUUGCAAUUGAAUCAAGUAAACAACCAGUGUGUAUCCUGUUAAUGUUUGUUUAAGGCAAAUAUUUGCUGUUGCACAGAUACAAUCCCUGUUCAUGUUUGUUCAGUGAGAAUAAUUGUAAAAUAUUUUUUGCAAUAUGGCUUGAUACUAUAAACUUCACAAGGAUUACCUUCUG